AUGAGUGAAGCACUCAAAUACCUGGAGGUAAGCGUUUAACAGGUGUCACAUUCCGAAUUGCAUCAUUUCCAGAAAGUUUUGAAUACUGUUUCCGGUGAGCCGCCCGCCGCGAAACGGGUUCCUCCUUCGCGAGCCAUUGACAGACUCCUGGUCGACGAUGAUCUGCUCGUGAACGACAACGUUGACGUCGUUGAAGAAGAAGUGCGGGUGGAGCAGCAGCUACCGCUUCCUUCAUCAUCGGCUAGGCCGAUUUCGUCCGGAGGGAGAUUUUGCCCAGUCGAAUUCAUGAAGAAGACUUGCAUCGAUCCGAAUUCCGGAGAACUUCUCACGCGAGAAGAAUGCGACGUAGGUGUUUCAUUGUAAAUUCUCUUAGGAAACUUGAAAUAAAUUUCAGAGAAACAUAAAGCAGGAGUUGAGAAACAAGAAAAAGAUCGACUAUUAUCACAUAAUGGCGAAAUCGCAGGAAGAGCACUUGGUCGACACGGAAAGCCAGUAUCUGCUGAUGCUCUCCGCCUUCCACGGAGUUAUGGUAAGCUAUCGGAAAGUGACGCCAAUAUCGAAGUCCACGUUCAGAUCAAUGAGACGAUGAAGAAACCAGAUAGUCGCUCAUGCAACCAAGAGGCUGACGCUGUCGGAUUCAACAUAAGAUUGGCGUUUUCUGCAGAUGAUGGCUCCACUCUUCCAGGAGGACGCAAAAUCAGAAUUUCUUCAUUCAUCACCCACAACAUGGCGUCAUUCUGGCGCAAGACUGACAUGGAGGAUGCAGUGGCGAAAUGUAUUCUGCAGACCGCCGAAAAGGUAUUUUCCAAUACCCUGAAGUGAACUGCUGAGUGUCCUUUCAGAUCGCCAAGAAGGACACUCUGUUCUUUCUGUACGCGGCUCCGAAAAGCAAAAGAGCAACGACAUAUGUAUCCCUUCCCGAUGACUUCUUUGUAUCGUUCGGAGGUUUUCAAUUCUUGAUCUUUUAUAGCUAAAGUUGGAUCUUGCAGGCAUAAUCCACGCCGGAUUCGGCAUUUCACCGGAAGAUAUGACGAAGACAAUCGCGCUGACACGAGAUGUGCUCACAAACUAUUUGUAAGAGUUUCAACCGUAAUUGCGGAGCAAAAUUUUAUAUUUUUUCAGAGACCGGCUAAGAAGUGACUACAAAGAGGUUAAUGGCAAGGAUUCCGUCAAAUCAGCGCUGCCGUCCUUCCGAAGUGUGCUGGAGAAAGAUUCCAGCUUCCGCGCCGAGGAAGACACACUAUUGGGCUCAGAACAUGCUUCCGAAUAA